UGGGAUGGUGUGUGUGAUGGAUCCGGGAUGCAGGAGGAGAGGAGCCGCCAUUGGUGCAGCGCUUUGUGAUGAGCGCGUCCUCUCCUCCUGCAGUCACAUCAUGGCGCUCUCCACUAUUCAGAAGGUGGUGAUGUUCUCCGGUCUGGUGCUCUGCGUCUCCCUGCUGCUGCCCAAAACCUUCCUGAGCAAAGGGAAACAGCCGGAGGGAAAUUCCGGCCGUUUUCCCUCCUCUGUUCCUCAGGGGAAGCCGCUGGAUCCCAGGGUCGGGGGAUUCCCUCGAUCCCAUUUAUCGGAAGCCGUAUCGAAGGCGAAGGCCGGAGGAGGAAGCAACAGCAGGAAGAGCCUGGUCGGGCAGAUCAUCCCCAUCUAUGGCUUUGGCAUAUUAGUAUAUAUACUCUAUAUACUGUUCAAGCUUUCGUCACAGGGCAAAAAUGUCAAAAUGGAGCCCAAAAGUGUCCCCAUCGCCAACGGCAACCUGAAGAGGAAGAUCACGGAUUACGAGCUCACGCAGCUUCAGGACAAACUGAAGGAGACGGAGGAAGCGAUGGAGAAGAUCAUCUCCCGGAUGGGGCCCGACCACCAAGGCUGCAAGGACGGUAAUGUCAGUAAUGAUGAGGAGCAACAACUGCUGGAGAGACUGAAGGAGAUCACCCGGGUGAUGAAGGAGGGGAAGGUCCUGGACGGCAUCUCCCCGGAGCAAGAGGCUGAGGAGGCCCCCUACAUGGAGGAAUGGGAAGGUUACCCAGAAGAGACGUAUCCGGUUUACGACCCCUCUGAUAGCCGGAGGCGGCACAAUACGAUCCUCGUGGACCCUUCGCUCCUGAACCAGCCCUCGGCCGAGGAGAUCGCGGAGCAGAUGGAAUUCAUGGAGGAUUAUACCCGAUACUGUACAGAGAACGAGGCGGAGGACGGGAGCGAUGAGGUCACCACAUACGACCACUGUGAUGUCGUCCAGCUCAGCCCCGCCCCCACCCCGGAGGAUGAGACCGCCCCCGAGGAGCAGAGCGAUGACGAGGACCCGGCUGUUAUAGCAGAGAACGCCGGCUUCAGCUCCGACAUGGCCAGCGAGGGGGAGCAGGGGCCCGAGGCUUCUCCGGCAGAUCCGGCUGUGAACGGAGAUUUAUUGGGGACCAUCAGUCAUUCUUUAGGGGAGGAGUCUCAAUCUCUGCGCAAAAGGGGCAAAAAGUCCCCGGAUUGUUAAAUAUCCCAAAUCUGGUCAUAAGAUACUGAAUAUACAGGGGGCCAAAGGAGGGGCCCGUGUCUGAUGAUGUCAUUACUGCCCCAACAUGUGACAUCACAUUGUACAGGACUACACAGGAGCUGAAAAAGUAUUCACACCCGUCACAUCAUCAUCAUCACCGGGCCCCGCAGCACAACUCAGGAUGGGCCCGACCCUGCCAAAUGUCCCAUCUUAUUUCUUUUUGCUGUGAUUAUCUGAUACACAUCCCCUGUAUAGACAGUGACAAUAUGAAAUUCUGCUCUCCGCAGCCACCACCAGGGGGAGCUCCAUGCACUUCUCUAACCACACCCACCAUAUAGAUUCCUAUUUACCGACUCCUGUUUUCUUAAAGGGACAGUACACCUUCA